AUGUUUGACAUUCAUAACAAAGAUUUAAACGACGUACACAAAUCCUGUCAAGGGAGACUGAUUCAGUCGCGAUCUUUUGCGUUGUCAAAAACAGACGACGACCGUGUAGAACACGAAAGCGACGACUUUCACGGUCACAAGGACAGAGAGGCUACCAGCACAGCGUUCGAACAGAACCUCAAAGUUCAGUCUCGCUUCAUUUUCAGAAAACUUCAAAAGACGUCUGGCGACAUGUUUCUAGAUGCGAUGCGUCGGAAGAGGCGUAUGCUUGGACGAAAUGAAAAUCUACGUUUUCGCGAAUUGUACAAACCACCGGAGCCUGUAGCUGUUAUAUUUGUAAUUGUAGUGGGACUAGCAGUGACGCUUAUUUUAACAAAAUCGUGGCCAUUUUUCUCGUAG